AUGCGCAGACGCUCGACCUACAUCACUCAUCCCAGCCGGGCUGUCAAUCCAGCUGACAUCCAGGUCUACAAGAACCAGCUCCUUCUGGGAGCCUUGAAGGCGGCACGAGAAGAACGGUUGACUUUGGGCCUCCAAGAGCUCCCUCAGGAGGUGGUAGAGGUCUUGAAGGAGUCUCACGAAUUGCAUGUUCGAUGGGCCCCCGAGCACCCCUACAACACGACGGUUCCGUUCCUGUCGAGAAUCUCGCCCGGCCUGCACGUCCAGUACACGCCCUUGAAAGAGAAGCAGCCCGGCCACCUCUGCGAUCUGAUCCACAAAGUGUUCGGGCAGAACCUGCGAUGCGAGUCGCCACAGUCGACAUUCACCAGUCCUCCGUUGAUCUCGGAGCGCUUCGCCCAGACGGCCUCCUUGCAAUACUACUCACUUCUUUCUUCCCUGAGGCCGCUCGCGGCAUAUCUGCAACGUAAUGUCUGCACGCCGUCCGACCUCGUUUGUCUGCAUACGGCGACGCUGCUGAACAUAGCGGACUCGGUGGACUUGGACUAUGACAGCAUCUCCCACACGCUGACGCUGACUGUGAUGUGGUCGAGACAGCCGGAUAUCAUUUACGAUCCCAUCGGCGAGUUCACCACCCUCGACGCAUGGAACCUGGACAUCGAGCAGAAAGGCUCCGACAAGGUCGAGGUCGGCAUCCUUAGCCCAGGCCCCGGGCUGGAACCAUCCGACCUUCAACUGUCAGGCUUUCUGACUGUUGUUGGAGAAGACGACCAUCCCAAAGCGACACUGUUCAGCUUCCCAUCUCGCCACCAUGCGCUGAGUCGAGACCAAGCCAAACAGCAACGCUACAAUGUCUCUUUCGACAAGCCCACCGGUCUACAUCCUAUCUUGAGAAUCUCUUUUCCCUCCGCAAACCUGUUGACAGAGCCGGAAAAUAAACCUUCAGGGAGUGUCUGUGCGCUGCAAACAUAUCUGACCCUCCCAUCGCAUAUUUUCGCGGACAAGUAUGCCUUUCUCAGCAACGAUCCGCUGUUCCAAAAAUCCCACAAUCUGGGCCAACUGCGGUCUAUCAUCGGCGAGACAGAUCUGGAAGCUCCCGACUACGUGGUCAAGAAAUGGGGUUCAACCGUGCUUCUAGAGCUUCAGACUCCCAACAGCACUGUCACUAAUCACAAAGGCUCUGUCGAUGGGCCCUGGGAUGUCACUGUUCCUCUCCAUCUUCGAUAUCUGGAGCCUAAAGCAGGUGGAACUUCGGAGAUAGAAGUACCGUGGCCGAUUGUCUUUUGGGCAUGUACGGCUGAAGACGGGACCAAAUUUCCCGUCAACCCAUUUGACCGAACACAGCUGGGCUACGAUGGACUGUUUGGUCCAAGGACCAUGUUUUAUCACCUAAAUCCCGCACCUCAGAAUGGCAUGAUGGUGGAACGGAUCGCGGUGCCCGUACUCGACACGGACACAGCGAGUCCAACCACGAUUGAAUACUUGACGGUAGUCUCGAUAGCACUUGGUUUCUUGUGGGUGUUGUUCAAGUUGAGGUCUGCUUUCAGACCAGCAUCGAUGAAUGUUGAGGGCAAAAGCUCGGAUGUGGGAAAGAAGAAGCAAUAG